GAAAUACCAUAACGUUCAUGCUGGGUUUUCUGCCGCACACGCUUCAUUUUGCUUCAACCUCGCACUCGAUUCUUACCUUAUAUAAAGAGGAAGAAAAUCCGUGGCCAUUUCCGAAGGUGAGUGUGAAUUUGAACUUCGAAAAGCACAAUUUUAAGGGUCCAGCAAAACCCUAUUCUCCCCGCCCCUUCUCCGUCCACCUCAAUGUCGCCGGCGGCGGCCGUGCGCUUGCGAUCUCCGAUCCAACCGUCCUCCAUGCAAAACCCUGAUUCGAUUCCCGAUGCAACCUCUCAUCCCCCUUUCGAUCACUCGUCUUUUAGCUAUGCUCAUUUCUCUAAGAGAGAUGAAAGCCUAAACCCUUCAGCUUUCGGUAAUGCCAGCGGCCUCGGAUUCGCCCCGGCUUUUGUUCAGCCUGGACUAUCGGGUGUAGGUUCAACAGCUUCGUCUAGGCCGAGGCCGAGGCUGGUGAAGCUCAGGAAGCAGUCAGCAUCUCAGCAUGCAAGGUCCAGAAGUAGAACAGCCACCGCUGAGGGAAGUUCAGGUUUUAAUCCAUUUCGGCCGACGGUUGGUUGCUCGGAUCAGGUAAACAGUUAUAAUUGUGCAAAUGGGUUUAUGGAAAGUCCUACCGGGGCAGAGAACGAUCCCGGAGCUGGUGAUGGGGGCUUCUUAAAUUGUCACUCGAAGUUCCAGAACACUGGUUUUGUGUUUGGUGCUCAGAGAAGUGAGCUUGCUGCAAAUUUAAAUUCCCAGCAUUUAGUUAAAGAAGAAUUGGGAUUCUCCCUUGACAGAGGGAAAGUAACAAAUGAGAAAGAAACGGAGAUUAGGAAAAGUGAUCACUUGGGGUUUAUCUUUAAUGCUAAGCGGAGUGACAUGGGAUCAAAUUCAUGCCAGGACAGAACAAAAACCAGUGAAAAUUUAGUAAAGACAGUUCUUGGCGAAAUAAGAAACGCGGAAUUGGAUUUGGAGUCCGAACAUAGGAAGAUUAGUUGUUCGGGUUUUGUUUAUUGUCCUGAUCAAAAGGAUUCAGACUCUAACUUAAAUAUCGUGAAGGCAGUAUGUAGUAAAGAUGUGGAGGACUCAGGCGUUGAUAAUGGCGAGGAGACGAAUUGCAAGGCUGAAAAAGAGUUUGUAAAGAAGGAUAGUUUUGUUUUCUUUUUUGGUGGCAGCCAAACUGGUAAAACAUCAAAUCCUAAUGCCGAAAAGCAGGAGUCCCUUGACAGUAUGCGAAAGUCAAAUUGUGAUAUGGGUUCCUUAAAUCCCAAGAAUGGGACAUUUAGUGAUAGUAAUAUACAUCCUGAUCAGGAUUACCAUCUAAGCAAUGAUCAGAGCGGAUCUGGAUGUACUAGUAGUACUGCUAAUACUCAUAGCACUUUCCCUGCUCAUAGUUUGACAGAUGAAAUGAAAAGGUUGAAUAUAGAUAAUUCUGAAAAAGUUAGUGGCGCUGAUAUCGAUAGAGAUUUAAAGGAUUCAUGUGUAAAUAGUAACAAUUGUUCUGUGUUUGGAAGAAGUGAGAAGGCUGCUGUCUCCUUUAGUGCAAGUUCAGGAGCUAAUGCUGACGUUCAACAGUGUCCUAAUGUUGCUUUAAAGAAUAUUGAUGGGUUCAAAACAUGUAAAAGAAAUGAUGUUCAAAGUGGAAUUGGUUGUGAUAUUGCCUAUGGUUCUGCAGGAAUAUCCUUCUCUAAGCCAUCCUCUAGUCAGGAAAGUGACUCGGGCAAAAUUCCUGAGUGUCAACCACCUGAAGAUUCAUUAGUGAAUGAAGCUAAAGCGUCAUUUUCAUUCUCAUCAUUUGGUCUUGACUCUCAAUCAAAUAGUCAUGUCUGUGCAAACCAUGCCAUGGGUGUAGAUCAAGAUAAGUGUUAUAACGGUUUUACAAACAUCCCUGGAGGACCUAAGGAGUUAACAGAUUUUGAACCACCAACAUGGGAUCCUUCUUGUUUUAAAGAAAAUUUAUUUCCUGCAUCAAAUAAAAAGGUAGGAUCCACACUAAAGGGCAGAUCUUCUAAAGAAAGAGGAGCAAAAGAGGUGAGGAGAAAAUCGAAGUCACGUUUAUUGAACAAGAAACUGAUAAAGAAAGAUCAAGCAUUAAAGGGAAGUGGUUCGCUCGAUACCCCAGAUUCUUGUGGUAGCUACUCACCCAUGGAUUUUUCUCCUUAUCAUGAAAUAAGAGAUGAUGAUCAAGAUAUUAAAGCUUCAGCGCAGUUAAAUGAACCAUCAAUCUCAGACCAUGACCAUGUGCCCUCAAAAAUUCCCAUUCCCUCUGAUUAUAAAGAUGAACAUUUGGCUGCUGCAGGGAACAGAGAAGAUAUUUAUGCUCAUGAUUACAAAUAUGGAGAUCCAAAUGAGUGUAACCCAUCAUCAAGUAAUGCAAAUUCUUCUGUUGGUGAUUCCCAAUUAUUUGGCUCUGAAGCAGCCUGUCCUAGUUUGAAUAAAGAACAGGUCUUCAGCAGUAGCAGAGCUGGAGAUUGUGCAGAUGCUGGAGUUGCCUUUAGGCCAUGUGCUGAUCAGUUUGCCUUUGCUCCCAGCCUUGGGGGUUCAACGCAAAAUUAUUUUACUUUUUCUGCACCAUCAAUUGGAGGGGGUACAGUUUCAUCAGCUAAGCGUAAAGAGAAGAAGAAAUAUAGGAGGAAAGUGGGAGUUGACUCAUUUAGUAUCUCUCCGAACCUGAAUCAUACACUGAAUAGAUCUGAAAAAAAUGAUCAGUUGAAGGGAGUGGAUUUUGCAUCCUUGGCUACAACUCAAGAAAUCUGUGAAAAGUGGAAACUCAGGGGAAACGAAGCGUAUAAACAUGGGGAUCUUUGUCAAGCUGAGAACUUCUACACAAUUGGAAUAAAUUUGAUCCCUCCAAGUGAAAGGUCAGGGUGCUUGAACGAGUCUCUUUCACUGUGCUAUAGCAACCGUGCAGCUACACGAAUGGGUCUUGGAAGGAUUAGGGAAGCUCUGGGGGAUUGCCUUGUGGCUUCUGCUCUUGACUCCACCUUUCUGAAAGUACAUAUGAGAACUGCAAAAUGUUACCUUUUGCUAGGAGAACUGGAAAAUGCUCAGCAGUAUUUCAAUAAGUGCUUGGAAUCAAGCAGUGACUUUUGUUUGGACCGGAGAGUUAUUGUGGAAGCAGCUGAAGGUCUGCAGAAAGCUCAGGAUGUGGCCGAGUGUACGAAUAGUGCUUCUGAACUCUUGAAAAAGAAGGUUUCUGAUGCAGCUGGUGAAGCUUUAGAACUAAUUUCUAAGGCAUUGUCAAUCAGUUUAUACUCAGAAAAGUUGCUUCAAAUGAAGGCAGAGGCUUUGUAUUUGCUACAAAAGUAUGAUGCUGCAAUACAGCUUUGUGAGCAGACCCAAAUUCUUGCGGAAAAAAAUUUGGCAACCGGUGCAGAGAAUGUGAAUACUUCCGCACAUGAUAGUAACUUAUGUGUCACAUUGUGGAGGUGGUCAUUGAUAUCCAAGUGUCACUUUCAUGUGGGAAGGCUUGAAGCAUCACUUAAUGCUCUUGAGAAGUUACAGCAAGCUGUGUCCCUCAACAAGUUUGGUGAUGACAUUGAAUAUUCAUUGUCAUUAGCUGCUACAAUACGAGACCUUCUUUCACACAAGAAUGCAGGAAAUGAAUAUUUUAAGGUAAAAAAGUAUACAGAAGCAAUUGAGGAAUAUACUGUUGCUUUGUCUAGCAACAUCAAGUCACGGCCUUUUGCGGCAAUAUGUUUCUGCAAUCGUGCUGCAGCAUAUCAAGCUUUGGGGCAAAUCGCUGAUGCCAUUUCAGACUGCAGUGUGGCUAUGGCCCUUGAUGGAAAUUAUGCUAAGGCAAUCUCAAGAAGAGCUACCUUACAUGAGACGGUGAGAGACUUUGAGCAAGCAGCUUGUGACCUCAGUAGACUUCUUUCCGUCCUUGAAAAUCAAUCUGGUGAAAGGAACAAGCAAUCUGGCACACCAGAUGGGUCAAAUGGAGCUGUGAAAGAAUCUAGGCAAGUGCGUCAUCAUUUGCUUUCAGUGGAAGAAAAAGCCAAAAAGCAAACUCCCUUAGACUUUUACCUUAUUCUAGGAGUCAAACCCAAUGAUACGGCGACUGAUAUAAAAAAGGCUUACCACAAGGCAGCUCUCAGACACCAUCCAGACAAGGCCGGUCAGUUGCUGGCAAGAGGUGAGGCUGGAGAUGAAGGCCAAAUCUGGAAGGAAAUUUCACAGGAGGUGUACAAGGAUGCUGAUAGGCUUUUCAAAAUGAUUGGAGAGGCAUAUGCUGUGCUUUCUGAUCCUACCAAGCGCUCAGAAUAUGAUUUUGAAGAGGAGAUAAGAAAAGCUAAGCAAACCAACAGAGGAGGCACAUGCCGCAGAUCUUCUGAUUUUAAUGGGUUUGGAAGACCGUCUGAUGUUUAUAGGUCUUCUGAUAGAAGUUCUAACAGACGACACGGACGGGAUCAUUGGAAGACACAUGGAAAUUCAUAUUCUCGAUGGUGAGAGGAUACUGAAGGGAUCGUUGACAUCCCCGGUCCAAAUUAAAGUGUUUAAGUGACGCUUCUUGUCCCCACUCGUGAUGAAGACCUUAGCUUGAUGAUAGUGUGAAAUAAGUGGUUUGAUUCUUUCGUCUCAGGCGGAGUUAUAGGAAGUGAUGUAGCAUCAAGCAGCCAAGACAAAAGGAUUGGGAAGGUAGACAAGAAAAUCUUGUUUUGAUCAAUACAGAUCACUUUCAAUUUUUUGUUUAGGGUAGUGCCCAACCCCAACCAAUGACUAGCACAGUGUAUUUGUGUACGUAAUAACUCAAUGACACGGAAAAGACGUUGUAGUGGUUCGAUCGUAUAUAUUGUAUGUGUCUGGCAUGAGGUGCCAUUUAAGAAUGAUUUUAUUACGGUUUC